CUCAUGUUGCAGGGCCGGCUGGGCGCUUGUGCGGCUGCGGGUCGAGGAAGAGAGAGGCAGCUUCCUCGUGAGGAGGCCGGAUCACCUGGAGUCAGCACCUUAGGCUGGGGUUCUGCUAUGGAGAAUAAACUGUCCGUGACUUUCCUCUUCUGGCUUUCUGCACUGUCUUGUGAAGCUCGUCACAAUGGCCUGGAACAAGCCACCACUGCACAAACACCAGAGAACCUCGUCCCUGAGAAGGCAGCUGGUGUCAAUGUUGAUUUGGCCGUACUUAUGCAGAGGCAUCACCUUCAGGAACUCUUCUCUCGCUAUGGGGAGAACAGCACAUUGACUAUUGAAGGAUUUCGAAAAUUGCUACGUAACAUGGGCAUUGAAAAGAUCAAAAGAGUUUCUUUAGACCAUGAACACCACCAUCACCAUCGUAAGCACAUCACACUGGGUACCACCCUGGAGAAACCAGGUUGCCCCAGUAAUGAAUCUAGUGGCAGAAGCAAAGAUCUCAGGAAAAGCCCAACAAAAGCUGUGUCUGGAGUAGAGAACAGUAAGCACCACCAGGGCUCUAUGAGCAGUAAGAGCACAACAGUAAUGAUAAUACCGUCUGCUGACACCCCAGCCACAGAAGUCAGCCCUCUUGCCCAGCACUCUGAACCGGUAGAACUGGAAGCUUCACACCCUGAGCUAGUCGGCCCUCGUCCCAGCAUUGUCCUGCGAAGCAGCAAUACGAGUCUGCUUGUAAACGGAAAAACAAAUGAAUCUCUUUCUAUGAGGGAACCAGAAAGAGGAAGUUACAUGUAUUCUAAAGUAAGAAAACCAAGUACACAAGAGUGCUUCAAUGCGUCAAAACUGAUGCUUUCUCAUGGAAUAAACACACAAGCUAUGUUGACAGCUACAGAAUUUAGUUAUCUUUGUCCGGCUAUUGUAAACCAGAUUGAUGGCAGAUACUGUAUAAUUCAUGCAACAAGUGAAAAGGCGGAAUCUCCUCCAAAAACAUAUUCUUUGCAAGUAGGUAGGUUUGUUCAAGCUUGGAUUGGAGGAUUUAUAUCAAUCUCCAUCAUCAGUUUUCUUUCAUUGCUGGGUGUUGUCUUGGUGCCACUUAUGAAUCGUGUAUUUUUCAAGUUCCUUCUAAGUUUCCUUGUGGCAUUAGCAGUUGGUACUCUAAGUGGAGAUGCUCUUUUGCAUCUUCUUCCUCAUUCUCAUGGAAAUCAUCGUCAUCAUGAGAAACCUUUCAUGGAGCACAGUAAAGACCCUCUCUUGAGGCAUAUUGUUUUCCAGAGUGUAGAAGAGAGUGCUUAUUUGGAUUCUACCUGGAAGGGCCUCACAGCACUUGGAGGACUAUAUUUUAUGUUUCUAGCGGAGCACUUAAUCACUUUAAUUAAGCAAUUCAAAGACAAGAAGAAAAAGAAAAAACAUGAUGAAGAUGAAGCAGAAAUCAAGAAGCGGCUGUCUAAAUACGAUUCUCAGCUUUCAACAAAUGAAGACAAAUCAGAUGCAGACGAUCGUCCUGACGGUUACUUGGGGGCAGAUUCUCAAGAUCCCUCCAGCUUCCUUUCUCAGAAGCCAGCAGUGCAAGAAGAAGAAGAAGAAGAAGAAGUCAUGAUCACUCAUUCCCACCAGGAGGCUGCAGAUCAUGAAUAUGCCUCCAGGGGGUGUAGGAACAAGUGCCAUUCCCAUUUACAUGACACUCUGGGGCAGUCUGAUAGUCACCAUCACCAUGACUACCAUCACAUUUUGCAUCACCAUCACCACCAGAACCAUCACCCGCAUAGCCACAGUCAGCGCUAUUCACGGGAAGAGCUGAAAGACGCUGGCAUCGCCACCCUCGCCUGGAUGGUCAUCAUGGGGGACGGGCUGCACAACUUCAGUGAUGGUCUGGCCAUUGGUGCUGCGUUUACAGAAGGCUUAUCGAGUGGCUUAAGUACAUCUGUGGCUGUAUUUUGUCAUGAAUUACCACAUGAGUUGGGAGACUUUGCUGUGCUUCUCAAAGCUGGAAUGACUGUCAAACAAGCUGUGCUUUAUAAUGCUCUCUCAGCUAUGCUGGCGUACCUUGGCAUGGCUACUGGGAUACUCAUUGGUCAUUAUGCUGACAAUGUUUCCAUGUGGAUCUUCGCACUUACAGCCGGGCUCUUCAUGUAUGUGGCCCUUGUUGAUAUGGUGCCUGAAAUGCUGCACAAUGAUGCCAGCGAUCACGGAUGCAGCCGCUGGGGAUAUUUCCUGUUACAAAACGCUGGGAUUUUGUUAGGUUUUGGCAUCAUGUUACUUAUCUCUGUGUUUGAACACAAAAUUGUAUUUAGCAUAAACUUGUAACGUUUUGUUUACUUUUUGGAUGUUGGCCUCAGUAUUGCAAGUUAACAGUGGGCGUUUCUUCCUCCUCUCCCUUGCAGUUCCAUCAGGCCUUUUCCCAGUGUGAACCUGCGGGCCCCUGCAGCUGAGUGGGGGUGGGGGGUCCACUCUGUCAAAUGCCACCUUGUGCCAAAUGUGAAGGAAGAUAGUACUGUAAUGAAAGAGGGUGUUUUUAAAAAUAUAUUGAAUGUUGUGAACAGCAUGCCACUGAUAAAUCGGGAUUUUUGUUUGUCCUGUAUAUGUUACCAAAAUGGUUCAUUCGUGUUACAUGGUGUUGUUUUUCAAUGUCAUUACAAAUAGAAAAACUUGAA